AUGGCGUCUAACAUAGACGACCUGGAGUACCUUGCGCCGGGCUUCGAUCUAUCAUCAUUGACUAUGCCUGCAUUGCGAACUGUCCUCGUCAAACAUGAUGUAUCCUAUCCUUCCUCCGCGAAGAAGGCCCAACUGGUUGCACUUAUCGAGGAAAAAGUUCUACCCCAAGCGAAAAAACUUCUCCGCGAUAGAGACCGUGUUCGCCGCACAAGUGCUGGAAUUACCGAUAUGAGCAGUCAAUCUAAUUCUGAAGCAAAUGGGGACGAAGAUGAAGUCAAUGAUAGAGAUUCGAUGCCGCCGCCAUCUACCGCCGGAAGCCGACGUGCACGCUCUCGACCAAGCACACGAGCAUCGACCGUUGAUACUGAUGAUAGUGCUUUACUGCAGGCUACACCAAGGCGUCGAGGCCGUCCUAGCAGAAGUACCCGAGCGUCGGAUGCGGAAACCACGGAUGAUAACCUUGCGACUCCCGUUCUACCCGCGGCAACACCUAAAGCACGAUCUACUGCUCGUAGAACUCGCAAAAGUGAAGCGGUCCCGUCAUAUGAUGAAUAUGUUGAACGUACGCCAAGUAUCAAGACUGAAAGCCGAGCGGGUAGCGUUUUCACCGAUGAGAAUCCUUUCCAAAGCGGUAGCUCGCCUACGUCUCACGAGCCGACCCCAAGAGCUCGAACCGUUAGCGGGGAUCGCAAACGAAAAAGUACACCUCGUGUCUCAAGCGACGGCACUCUCGUAGCAGAAAACCGAGGUAAACGAGAAUCAGUUCGUCCUAUCAAGAUCAAGCAAGAGGAGGACAUCAUCACGCCUAGGAAGUCGACUUUUGAGUUUCCCGUAUCCCGCCUCCGAGCAGCCACGCCACACUUAGAGGAUGAGUCCGAGCCUGAAGCUGGGGAAGAGUUCACUCCAGAUGAGCAAUUGGCUCUUGAGACAGCUAAUGCUGAGUUACGAGCCGUCGUAAGCAGCCACCACAUUGCAGUUUCAUGGAGAUUGCCCACGCUCGUCAUCUUCUUUCUUCUAUCUCUCUGCGGAGUCUAUUGGCGUCAUGAGAAAUUCGAGAUUGGCUUCUGUGGCAUAGGCAAAUCCAGAUGGUCUCUUGCAGAUACCAAUGUACCCGUGUGGGCACAUGUGCUAGAACCUCAGUGUGAACCUUGCCCACCGCAUGCCUUCUGUUUGGAGAAUCUUAAGAUUGAGUGUGAAAAAGACUUUGUGGAGGAAUACCACCCACUCUCGCUGAAUGGCUUUUUACCGAUCCCACCCAAGUGUGAAGUCGAUAACGAGAAGACUGAUCGCAUCAUCGCCGUCGCUAACAGGGCGGUCCAAGAACUCCGCGAACAGCGAGCUAAGUACGAAUGUGGAGAUGGUACCGAAGCCAAAACUCCGUUCAUUUCAGAACCAGAACUCAAGAAGGUCGUCUCGCAUAAACGUGGUCCACGCGCCAAAAUGAGCGACUCAGAAUUUGAUGACUUGUGGGCGUCAGCUCUGGGAGAAUUAGUUGCCAGAGAAGAAGUUACUACAAGCGGAGGAACUUCAUCCCGCGCCUUCGCAAGUGACUCACUCGCCAACCUUCCCAUCAUCUGCGGAUUCCGCCGUCACCUCCGACUCUCUCUCAUCGCGUAUCGACUCCCUAUUUUCAUUCUAGUUCUCUCUGUGGUUGGUCUAGCCUAUGUCAGAGCCGAGUUUCUCGCUCGACGAGCGGAUAUUGCCCGUGUGCCUGAGCUUGUAGGGACUACGCUUGACCGUCUUUCGACUCAAGCUGCUUUACAUAGACGUGGAGAGGCGUUGGAGCCCUGGAUUGCGAUUGGUCAGCUACGAGAUGAUGUUUUACGCUCUGAGUUGAGGGGCAACCGUCGAGAGAAGCUCUGGAAGCGUGUGAAGGCAGUUGUUGAAGGCAAUGCCAAUGUACGAGCAUCGGUCCGCGAAAGCCGUAGCGGGGAUGUUGCUCGAGCGUGGGAGUGGACUGGGAGUACAGGCAAUCAUCUGGAUAGUGUUCGCCGGGAGAGUGGAAGGGUGAGAUUUUCCCUAUCUCCCGGAGACGAGACCACGCCAGCGAUUGACGAAGAUAUGAGCAUUAUGCGAAGCCCUAGGGCGUCGCGCAAGUGGGACGAGGGACGUCCAAUAUACUAA